UACAGAAAAUUAAUAUGGCACUAAUGUGAAAGUAAUGUAUGCAAGAGGGUUUGUAGUCAAGUGUGAGAAGGCUUUUAUAAAGGGUUUGGCCCAGGCAAUCAGUAAUAGACAGAUAGAUGGAAUCAUUUUAAUUAAAAAUCAUUUUUAUUGUACACAGGAAUGUAACAGAGAGAGGUUGGGAGCUGCAGAUUUACACUGAAAAAAACAUAUAUAACAUAUAUAAUAUUGAAUUGGUAAAAGAAUCCAGACAUAAUAAGGCAAAUGGACAUCACAGAUAAAAGGGAACUGCUACUAGGCCUAGAAUAACAUGAGAAUUAACAAAACAGUAGAGGGUGAUGUAUACAGCGUCAAAUAGAGACAGAUAAAAUACAAACAAAACCCCUACUACUAGUAUGAAAGAAACGAGACUUUUAUUUUGAAGGCUCCUUUGGGACAUACAGGAAGUAAACAUUGAUCACAUACAGUUUCCUGUAUAUAUCCUGUUUGACGAGGUUUUGGUGAACUUGUGUGUCAGUGUGUUUUGUCCUGUUACUCUGUAGCUAACGUCACAUCGGCUCCAGCUAUGAGUGCAAUCAUUCCUCGGAUAGAGCAGCUGUCCGCCCGAGUCGUCCGGGUUUUGGGCUGUAACCCGGGACCGAUGACUCUGCAGGGGACCAACACUUAUCUUGUUGGCACCGGGGAAAGACGGGUGCUGAUAGACACCGGAGAACCUGCUGUGCCUGAAUACAUCAGCAGUCUGAAACAGGCACUGUCACAGUUCAACACCAGCAUCCAGGAGAUCAUCGUCACACACUGGCAUCACGACCACACGGGAGGAGUGGAAGACAUCUGCAGGGACAUCACUGGUUCUGAGGUGCGAGUCAGCAAACUGCCUCGCUUCCGCAAAGCAACUGACACAGCCGGGGACAAGAGCUAUUCUUACCUAAAAGAUGGAGAUGUCGUCCAGACAGAGGGUGCUACACUCAAAGUGUUGUUCACCCCGGGUCACACCGAUGACCACAUGGCCCUGCUGCUGGAGGAGGAGCAGGCGCUCUUCUCCGGAGACUGCAUCCUGGGCGAGGGCACGGCCGUGUUUGAGGAUCUCUACGACUACAUGAAAUCUCUGAAGAUCCUGCUGGACUCUAAGGCCGACCUCAUCUACCCUGGUCACGGCCCCGUGGUUCAGGAUGCUGGCUCUAAGAUCAGACACUACAUCAGCCACCGGCACCAACGAGAGCAGCAGAUCCUGGCGGCCAUUCAGGAUGGAGCAGGAAAGCCUUUCUCCUCCAUGGAGCUCGUAAAGAUCGUCUAUAAGGACACUCCUGAACACUUGCACCAAGCGGCUAACGUGAACCUGGUCCAUCACUUAAAGAAACUGGAGAAGGAAGGAAAGAUUAUCUUGGUUGAUGAGACCUUACAGAACACCAAGUGGAAGAGUAAUCUGUGAUGUCCACCACGACCAUGAUGAAAUGGACUCUGAUUGAGUAUUUGGCCAGGAUGAUGAAAAUUCAUCUGGUUCAGUGAUUCAGAAUUUUUCAGAACCCUUCAGCAAAAUCUUUGUGCCGAAAUGACUCAGGUCUGCUGAUUGACAGACAUAAUCAUGGAAAAUCAGGGAUGGUGGUGGAGGUUUUUCUUGACUUUGAGUACACAAAACAAGACCAACAGCAGGACUGAGCUGCAGCCUGUGUCAAAGUUUAACUAGGCUAAAAUGAAAGGAAGAUUAGCCACAUCCUACAGUGUGAUUGAUGUGCCACAGUGCCCUCAUCUGGCAAAGUUAAAUGGCUUAACUUCCUUGUCUUAUUGCUUCUAGAGGGGUUCUUUUCUUUUGAUCACUGAAAACAGAUUCUGUUGCCUUUGCCACAAUAGCAGAUUCUAACUCCAGCCAAGGCCCUAAACCUGACAAUCCAUAAUGAAAUAACCAUUUUAUCAACGGAGUUUGGUACAUAACCCUGUCUUUUUCCCCAUUCUCUUCCUCCUCUUUGGAUUCCAUUUUGAUUUCUGUGGGCACUGGAGGAUUUUGUCAACUGAUGUCCAAUGUCCUUUAGAAACACAGCUUAACUGGGUAAAACAUUUAAGAGGUGGUAGGCUGUGAAACUUAAUGAACAGACAUAAUGUUUUAUCAGGAGUAUAUACCGCAUACAUAGUAGAGUAUAUCACUGAAUUUGCAUAUUGUAGGUAUAAAGCCCUGAGGGCCACUGGUCUCAAAGCAUUUGCCUGUCAGUUAAUUGUUGCUUGUUAUGUUGUUGUUGGCACCUUCUCAUCACUGGUGUUUAUUCAGCCUAUCUCAGGACAGGUUUUACAUGUGUAUCUUUUGGGGGAUGAAGGCCCACCUGUAUGGGAAGCACUGGGUAAAGGAAGGUCAGCAGGAUAAAUAAUUAGGCUGAGAGUAUCCAAUCUGAUGUGCUCUCAGAGACUGUUGACUGUGACAGAUGAUGAAAUAUAUAUUUCUAUCCAGACCACCUUAUAAGUUUUUUUCAGCUGUCGCCUUUUUCUUUUAACUUUGUUUUGAUUUAGUCUCUGUCCUCAGUCUCUGUGAACUUUGUACCACAAAUUCUGCACAAACUUUCAGUUGGUCACUAGGGGGCAGCAUCUGCUAAUUUAUUAUAUUGGGUGAUUAUUUCAAUUAUAAAUUAUCAUACUUUGCUCAAACAUUACAAAUAUUUUUGAUUUUCUUUUUUCUUCAGAAACUUGUUUAAAAUAAUACUUGUAAAGACUGUGAAUGUGUGUUGGAAAAGAUAUAUUAGAAAAUACUAAAUACUGAAUGAGUUGCUGUUUUAUAUUUCUGACCAUGAUGGAGUGUAUUUGUGAUAAUUAUUAGAUCAUCCUUGAGGGGACAUCUUAUGGUGAUUUUUAUGUAUCAAGUAUAAAACGUGAAUACUUCACCACUUAAAAA